CAACGAAUAAGCUUAGUGAGUGGCCUACCGCAGGUUAUUUUUGUGUGUCGGUGAUGAGAGAUGCUAGUCGUGCAAUAAAUUGCCAAAAUGAGGAUCCUGUGGUGUUUAUGUGCCGUAUUAUGUGUCUUGCUCCCCAGUAUGCUUAUAUCAGGUGUUUCUGAAGAACGUGGCCAUAUUUCUUGGUCAUAAUGAAGAUCUAAAAGCAAC